UCUGCAAGAGGGUUGAGAUGUCCCAAAUCAUGAGGGAGCCAGUGUGUCUCAUUAGCAGUGAUGCAGCCGGACAACUAUGUGUUAUGAAGGAAGCUAAAAGUAUACUGGAUGAGAUAACUCAGCCAGUGGUUGUGGUUUCUGUAGUUGGGCUCUACAGAACAGGAAAGUCUUACCUAAUGAACCGUCUAGCAGGACAACAAACAGGCUUUGCUCUGGGCAGCACCAUUCAGUCAAAAACUAAGGGCAUCUGGAUGUGGUGCAUAGAGCACCCCUGUAGAGAUGGACAGACACUGGUGCUGUUGGACACUGAGGGACUGGGUGAUAUUGAGAAGGGUGAUGAAAAGCAUGACACCUGGAUCUUCUGCCUGGCUGUUCUGCUCAGCAGCACUCUAGUCUACAACAGCCUGGGGGUUAUAGACAACACAGCACUUGAGAAGCUUCACUACGUCACAGAACUGACUGAGAAUAUCCGAGUUAAAGCACAGGUGGGCAGCGAUGAUGACAGCUCGACAGAGUUAAUGCGUGUUUUUCCAUCUUUCAUCUGGACUGUGCGAGACUUUACACUAGAGCUAGAGAGAGACGGCCAGUCAAUUACAGCUGACGAAUACUUGGAGGGUGCAUUGGUGCUUAAACCAGGUUCUUCGCCCAAGACUGAGAAUUUCAACCUGCCCAGACGCUGUUUGCGCAACUUUUUUGCGACAAGAAAGUGUUUUGUAUUCCCACGUCCGGCCGGUGAUAGAGAACUGAAGAGGUUGGAGAAGCUGACAGAGGCGGAGCUCGAACCAGAGUUUCUGAAGCAGGCUCAAGAGUUUUGUAGCUUUGUUUUUAGCAGUGCCAAACCCAAAGCCGUCACAGGAGGACGAACGCUUACCGGCAAUGUUCUGGGCAGUCUGGCAGACGUGUAUGUGGAAGCAAUUCGUAGUGGUAAGGUUCCCUGUCUGGAGAAUGCAGUGGAGGCUCUGACUCAGAUCCAGAAUAAGCAGGCAGUAGAUCAAGCACUGCAGAUCUACAGGGAACAGGUCUGCAUGUCAGUCUGCUUUCCAUUAGACCCGCUCGAGCUAUCAGACAUCCACAAAGAAGCAGAGAAAAAGGCCAUCGAUGCCUUCAUCAGCAUUUCCUUUAAUGACUGUGAGCAGAAGGCACAGAUGGAACUCAUGAGACAGAUUCAGAAUGAAUAUGAGGACUUGUGUGCUCAGAAUAAGGAUCAUUGUCUGCUUGUGUGUAAAGAGAUACUUAAACAUGUGUUCACUUCACUGGAUGAGGAUCUGAAUGGCGGCUUCUUUAUGCAUCCUGGAGGAUACCUAGAGUACAGAGACAAACUGCAGUCCCUUACAAGGCAGUACAGAGUAAAAACACACAACAAGCUGAUGAGUGAGGAGGUGUUGAAUGAGUAUAUGAAGGAACAGGAGAAGUUUGAGAGGAGUAUUCUGUUAGCUGAUCAAAGUCUUUCUAAAGCAGAGAAGAAGGAGGAAGAGAGGCGUUUGCAGAAUGAGGCUCUACAACAACAACAGAGAGCUUUGGAGAAAAUGAAUCAGCUGCAAGAGCAGAUGCUUCGUGAUCAAGAGAGGACAUACAGUGAACACCUAAACGAGACACUGCAGCGCAUGGAUAAAGAAAUGAACAGAUCAAAGGAGGAUAAUGAACGAGUCCUGGAGGCCAAACUAAAAGAACAAGAGGCUCUUUUGAAACAAGGUUUUCAGGAACGUGCUGAUCAGAUGAAUAAGGAGAUUAAAAGUCUUAGAGAUGAGAUGAAGAAGGAUGAGGAGUCAAAGCCUUCUACGCUGCAAAAGGUUGUGGAUACUGCUGGCAUGGCAGCAAGUCUGUUUCUGCCUGGCAUUAUUCCCAAAGCUAUUGGCUUGGGGGUAUCCUUUCUUUCACGAUUUUUGAAAUAGAGAAUUUGUUAAAGAUAUUUGAGAGGUAAUACUAAAAUAUCAACAGCAUAGUUCUUAUAGUUCUCAGCAUGUGUGUUCACCUGUCUGUGUACCUUUAGGGGUCAGGUUGGUGCUGUUUAAACUGUGUUUUAUAUAUAUAUAUACUGUAUAUAUAUAUAUAUUGUAGUAAAGUAAAGUAAAGUUCAUCUGAAUUCUGCCUUUCUGUGAUGACUUAUAAUGUAAGUCGCUGGAUGAGUUUAGUUUAAAUGUAGCUUAGUUUAAUUAAGUAAGUACAAUUUAUUUAUAUAGCACACUUUUCACAGAUAAGAAUCACAAAGUGCUUUACAAAAACAUUACAUGUAUGUUAUGUAAA